GACACAGGCGCGCCGCCGCCGCCUAGAGAGACCGCUUCCCGCCGCACCUCCGCCGGCGAGGCCGCCGUCAGCCGCUUUUCCGGCCAAGCGCUUCCGGCUCCUGCUGGUACCGGAGAAGGAAGAAAAUAAAGCUGGAGAGGGGGCACCGGCGCCGCCCCGCCCCGCUUCCUCCUUCCCCCCCUCCCUCCCUCCGCCCCGUCCUCCCUCCCCCCGCAGCACGACGUCCCCGGGGCCGCAGCAGCGCCGCCGGCAGGUAUGUCAGAACACAGCAAUGAAUCCACAGCACUUGAUGAAUCUCAUCCAGCUGCAGAAGAGGUCCAGUCUGACUCUGAGGAAGGUGCAAUGGCUCAAGAGUCUCCGAAAAACUCAGCAGCAGAAAUUCCUGUGACUAGCAACGGACAGCUGGAAGAUUCUCACGAGCACAGCUUUAACAGGGACUUGAAACAUUCAUUACCAGUUGGACUUGGACUUUCUGAAACCAAAAUAACAUCUCAUGGCUUUGACAGCACCAAAGAGGGAGUCGUUGAGGCAGGACCAUUUCCAGGUAAAGGUUCCUCAGCAUCACCCAAAUCAUCUGUUAUAUAUCCUAGCAGUGCAGCAGCUAGCAGACUGGCUGGACAAGGUUGCGAUUUAAUUAUUCCCACAGGGGGCAGAGCUCAGCAGAAGAGUGGACCUGUUGUGUUAGCAGAUGAAGUAAAGAAUCCAGCAAUGGAGAAAUUGGAAUUGGUGAGAAAGUGGAGCCUGAACACUUACAAGUGUACACGUCAGAUCAUCUCUGAAAAAUUGGGUCGUGGCUCAAGAACAGUAGAUCUGGAACUAGAAGCUCAAAUAGAUAUAUUGAGAGAUAACAAAAAAAAAUAUGAAAAUAUCUUGAGACUGGCACAGACACUGUCCACACAACUCUUCCAGAUGGUACAUACCCAAAGGCAACUUGGAGAUGCAUUUGCUGACCUGAGUUUGAAAUCAUUGGAACUUCAUGAGGAGUUUGGCUACAAUGCAGAAACACAGAAACUUCUAGCUAAAAAUGGAGAAACUCUUCUUGGGGCUAUUAACUUUUUUAUUGCCAGUGUGAAUACAUUGGUGAAUAAAACAAUUGAAGAUACUUUAUUGACUGUGAAACAGUAUGAAAGUGCCAGGAUUGAAUAUGAUGCCUAUCGAACAGACCUAGAAGAGCUGAAUCUUGGCCCUCGUGAUGCAAAUACUCUGCCAAAGAUUGAGCAAUCACAACAACUGUUUCAAGUGCAUAAAGAGAAAUAUGAUAAAAUGCGUAAUGAUGUAUCUAUCAAAUUGAAAUUUUUGGAAGAAAAUAAGGUUAAGGUGUUGCACAAUCAGCUUGUUCUGUUCCACAAUGCCAUUGCUGCGUACUUUGCUGGGAAUCAAAAGCAGCUUGAACAGACACUUAAACAGUUCCACAUCAAAUUGAAAACUCCUGGAGCAGAUGCCCCAUCCUGGCUUGAAGAACAGUAAUCGGGUUAGAGAAGAAGACCCAAUGUUAACCUAAAAUCUUUAAAUCUGAUAAUAAUUAAGGGUUGGGGUUGAAGGACUGUUGUAGUGAUUCUUGCACAGACAGCUUUAAAUUUUUUUCCCCUUUUCUAAUACUGUAAAACUGAAUUUGGUGGGAAAGUGGGUGACUUUAAGGUAACCAAACAUAAUUUCUGUCAUUUCAAAUAUAAAGCACUCCUUUUUUUAUGUAAAGGUUGGUGGUUAUUUCUGUAAGUGGGAUGGGGGAGGGAGGGAGGGGAAACAAAACUAUUAUAGAUUUGCACUGACAAAUGAUGUUUGUGAUUUCUGGUCAUUUUGGUGGCUAGUCAAAAUAUUUCCAAAUGGAGGUUUACAUGAUUUGUACCAACAUCUGGUAUUUUAUAGAUGAAUAUAGAAAACAUCUUUAGUAAUUUUCGUAUGACUUUUAAAAAGGAGAGAGUUAAAAGAGUAUUUUGCAGAUUAAUAAUAUAAGGCCUAUAUGCGAUAUCUGCAUAUAAGGCAACAGUAGCAGAUGGCUCAUUGACUAGUGGAAUUGCAGCAAAUGCCUUUUUAAAAGAUGUACCUUUCCAUCAUAGGUUCAAAAAAAAAAAAAAAAAAGAGAAACACUAAAGCAAGAAUCACUGUCAGUCUGAGGCUUCUAAGCACAUAUUUUUGCUUUGCACCAAGUGGUUUGCUGAGUGAGGCCAACCAUGCAAUGUACUAAUUUCAUUUAGAAUUUUGAUUUCUUUAUGAAACAAAUACCGUACUAGCCUUAAAUCACAGGUAUGUGCCUUUUUAUUAGAUAAUAUUUUCCACCAGUGUACAUAGUCCAAGAACCCUUUCACAUAAUGGUUUGUCAGUUCCCAACAAGGGGAAAGAGACUGUGUAAACGCUGUUUCAUUGUACACUUAGAGCAAGUUAAAGCUUUAGUUAACCUUCAUGGUAUGAUUUUGAGAGAGGAAAUUGGGCCAGUAUGGUUUUUCUAUUUAAUUGAAAAGCGUACUUCAGUAAUGGGAGUAACAUGGAGGAUACUUUUUUAAUUUCUCCAUCAAUCAUGUAGUCCUUAAAUGUAAAAUUCUGUGUCAAUUUUAUUAUAGACAUUUUAAAUUCAAUAUAUUGGAGUCCUCAUUUGCACGUUACAUUGCUUUGCGUUCUAUUAAGUAAAAUGAAAUACUUCAAAUCUGUUAUUUACAGCGGUGUGGAUUGUAUGAUUUAUGUACUGUAUGUUCAAAUGCCUUUCAGCUCACAUUCUUAAAGUUUUCAGUGUUUAACACAACUGUAAUGUAACUGUAAAUCAAACUUUUUAAUCAUUCCUCAUUAAAUUCUUGGCCUGACAGAGCCUUCUUUAUGUUUUUGUUCUGUCAGAAUCUCUUGUAAUAGUUCAUUUACGUUCCCUCGAAUGUAUAUCCUAUGUGAAUUUUGUAUUCAUAUUAAAGGUGUUUGCAGUCAAA